AUGGAGCCCUGGUCCUUCAGUGGGGAUUUAUCCAACUUAUUAUCUGCUUACAACUACACCUAUGACUACAGCACGGCCAUGCCCGAGAUUGCUAUCUCAGCCACCCCGUGUGAGGUCGAUGGCUCCAUCCUCAACAAGUACCUGGUGGUGGUGAUCUACUGCCUCGUCUUCAUCCUCAGCGUGGUGGGGAAUGCGCUGGUGGUGCUAGUGGUGACCUCCAGCCACACCAGCCGCUCUGUCACCGAUGUCUACCUGCUCAACCUGGCCAUUGCAGACCUGCUCUUUGCUUUCAGCCUGCCGCUCUGGGCUGCCUACCGAGCCCGUGGGUGGGUCUUUGGCACUGUGAUGUGCAAAGCAAUCUCUGUGCUGCAGGAAGCCAACUUCUAUAGCGGUAUCCUGCUGCUGGCCUGCAUCAGCGUGGACCGCUAUCUGGCCAUCGUCUACGCCACCCGGGCUGCCACUGAGAAGAGGCACUGGGUGAAGUUUGUCUGCUUGGGCAUCUGGAUCUUCUCUGUGCUGCUCUCCCUGCCCAUGCUGCUCUUCCGUGAGGUUUUCCCCUCACCUAACAAUGGCACUGUGUGCUAUGAGCGCAUCAGUGGUCAUAACACGUCCAAGUGGCGAGUAGUGCUGCGCAUCCUGCCACAGACCUUUGGCUUCGCCUUGCCCCUCCUGGUGAUGCUCUUUUGCUAUGGUGUCACCAUCCACACCCUCCUGCAGACCAAGAAUGCUCAGAAGCAGCGAGCCAUGAAGGUCAUCUUCGCUGUGGUGCUAGUCUUCCUCAUCUGCUGGCUGCCCUACAAUAUCACGCUGGUGAGUGACACCCUCAUGAGGACAGGGGCCAUCGCUGAGACCUGCGAGAGAAGGAGCCACAUCGACACAGCCCUCUAUGUCACACAGGUCCUAGGCUUCGCCCAUAGCUGCAUCAACCCCAUCAUCUAUGCUUUCAUUGGUCAGAAGUUUCGCAACAGCUUCCUCAAGAUCCUGGCACAGCGUGGGCUGAUCAGCAAGGAUGCUGUUGCCCGCUAUGGCCGUGCCUCCUAUGCCUCCACCUCUGGCAACACGUCCACCACCCUCUGA